GAGGAGAGGCAGAGCUUGGAAGGGUGUGUUUUAUGUAUCACUGCAGCAUCCGUGCAAAAAGAAGAAGAAGAAGAAGAAGGAGGAGAAGACACCUCUGGACAGGAGAGACCUCUUUAAGGCUCAGAAGAAGAAGAUCAAGAAGAAGAAGAAGACAGGAAGUGGAUAAAGGAGAAACAAAGGAGAGAGACGCCACACCUGCAAAGGGGUCAAUCCUCUCCUCCUCUCACAUUGUGUAGCUGAAACACGGGCGUGUUUACUGGUCUCCAGAGGCUCAGGGAGCUCCCUGAAGCGUGUGUGGUGGUGUGUGUGUGUGUGUGUGUGCGUUGAUGAGUGUGUGGGGGUCUCGCCUCACUUUUCAUGGGACAUUGAGAGAUGUGUGUGUCACAGCGUAGGGGGCGGAGCUCCCCCGGCCUGCACCUGAUCCUCCUCCCCCUCCUCCUCCCUCUGUCCUUCCUCUCCUCCAUCGCUCAGGGAGCCAUCGACAUCCCCCAAAACUACAAAGUGCAGAACAUAUUGCAGCCUCCGAUCCUGAAGGUGACGCCCAAGUCGCACACAGCCUUCUCACUGGAGGACAUCCAGCUGCCCUGCGAGGCCUCCGGGACCCCGACCCCGACCUUCCGCUGGGUGAAGGACGGCGAGGCGUUCGGCCCGGAGCGUCCGGCUUACGGGACGCUGCGAGCCGAGGACGAGGAGCCGCUGGCCUCGUACGGGGGGUUCUACCGCUGCUACGCCUCCAACACGCUGGGCACCGCCGUGACCCAGAGCGUCCAGGUCAUCGUGGAGGCUCAGCCGGUUCUUCUGAAACAGCAAAGAGUACAUAAGAGAGCCCACGAGGGCGAGAGCAUCAUCCUGUCCUGCAACCCCCCCCAGAGCUCCACCCCCCCGUUCAUCCACUGGAUGGACAAAAGGAUGGUGCACAUCAAGCAGAGUGACCGGGUGAUGGUCGGCCUGGACGGGAACUUGUACUUCUCCAACCUGCUGGGGACCGACAGCAGGGACGACUACAUCUGCAACGCCCAGUACGCGGCGGCCAGGACGGUCCUGCCCCACACGGCCGUGAUGCUCACCGUCUCACCCAAUAAUGACGUCAUCCAUGCCAGGAAACCCCACCUCUUCCGUCCCAUUGGCUCCCACACCUCUGUGUUGGCCCUCAAGCAACAGAGCGUCACCCUAGAAUGUAUCCCCAAGGGCCUACCCACGCCGAAGGUGGAAUGGAAGAAGAAGGACGGCAGCCUGGAGGAGACCGGUGGUCGGGUGGAGGCACACGGCCGCUGGCUCCACUUCGACAGCGUCGCCCAGGGCGACGACGGCGAGUACGAAUGCCGGGCCUUCAACGCCCACGGCUCCACGGCGCACUCCUUCAGCCUCACCGUGGAAGCCUCUCCAUUCUGGGUGAAGGAGCCUCAGAAUCUGCUCUACUCACCCGGGGAGACGGUGCGACUGGAUUGUCAGGCCGAAGGCAUCCCAACCCCCCUCCUCACCUGGAGCCUCAACGGGGAGCCGCUCACAGAGGUGGACGAGGACCCUCGGCGCAGCGUGUCGGAUGGUGUUCUGAUACUGAGGGACGUGGAGUUCGCCGACACCGCUGUGUACCAGUGCGAGGCUUACAACAAGCACGGCUCCAUCCUGCUCAACACCUACCUCUACGUCGUGGAGCUCCCCCCUCAGAUCCUGUCCUCUGACGGACUGGUGUACCGGGUCACCGAGGGCGGAGACGUGGUGCUGCACUGCGAGUCCUUCGGCUCGCCGCGACCUCACGUCACAUGGGAGGGCGAGGAGAGGCCUCCUCUGCUGUCGGACCCUCGCAUCGCUCUGCUGACCAACGGCUCCAUCACGCUGUCGGGCGUGAGCCACGAAGACGACGGAGAGUACACCUGCUCCAUCAAACACACCAACAUCUCCAUCUCAGCCCACCUGAAAGUCUACAAUCGCACCGUGAUGCUCACUGGUCCUCAGCACGUGCGCGCCCUCAGAGGAACCAGCGCCCUGCUGGACUGUGACUUCUACAAAGACCGCGAGCUGCACCAGUACCAGAUCGUAUGGAGGAAGGACACGCAGAAGCUGCAGGAGUCGUCUCCGGAUGACAAGUACACAUUCUUUGAGAAUGGCACCUUGAAAGUGUCCAACAUCCAAUCAGAAGACAGCGCGUACUAUUCCUGUGAGGUCUUCACUGACCUGGACCAAGUGAAGGCCAGCGGCUCCAUCACUGUCGUAGCUCGACCGGACGCCCCCAGAGAUCUGUCUCUGUCCGAUGCUACCGACCACAGCGUCACUCUCAGCUGGACUCCAGGAAACUCCCACAACAGCCCCAUCACAGAGUUCCUAGUGGAGGUGCGGGAGGAGCAGCACACCGAGGAGGGUGGGUGGAGCUGGGCGAGGAUGAGGAGGGUCCCCGGGGACUUUGACCACGUCGAGUUGUCCCUCGACCCGUACUGCACCUUCCGCUUCAGGGUCAUCGCCAUCAACGACGUCGGCCACAGCGACCCCAGCCGGCCCUCGGAGCGCCACAACACGCCGCCGGCCGUCCCUACGAUGAACCCGGGCGGAGUGCGCAGCGAGUCCAUCGACCCGAAGACCCUCGUCAUCACGUGGGAGGAGAUGGACAAGCGGCAGCACAACGGCCAGGGCUUCCAGUACAAGGUGCUGUGGCGGCGCGCCGGUGGCACCGACGUCCGCUGGAACCACGCAGACGUGGCGGCGCCUCCGUUCCUGGUGAACGACACCGGGACCUACGAGCCCUUCGAGAUCAAAGUGCAGGCCGUCAACUCGCUGGGGGAGGGGCCGGCGCCGCAGUCGAAGGUCGGCCACUCGGGGGAGGAAGAGCCGGAGGAAGCUCCCUCUGGAGUGUCCACCUCGGUGGUGAACAGCACAGUCAGAGUCCAGUGGAACGAAGCCCAGAACGUCCGAGGUCUUCUUCUGGGAUACAAGAUCUACUUCCAGUGGACGGGUCCUCGAGGCGGUCGAGUCGGGAGGUCUCUGCGCCGGCAGAAGGAGAGAGAGGGCCGGGCGGAGCGGGCGAGGGAGAGGGACACGCUGAGGAGGCCGCAGGUGGUGGUGGUCAACAGCACCACCACCUGGCGGGAGGUGACGGGGCUGCAGCUGUAUUCCCAAUACCAGCUGUCCGUCACCGCCUUCAACAGCAAAGGGGAGGGCCCCCACUCGUCCCCCCACCACUUCAGCACCCCAGAGGGAGCUCCUGGUCCUCCAGCGUCCUUGAGGUUUGAGAGUCCCUCGGAGAAGUCCCUUAUCCUCUACUGGACCCCCCCGGAGGACACCAACGGCGUCCUGCUGGGAUACAUCGUCCAGUACCAACAGGAGGUGGAGAGCAAAGACAGCCUGUGGAAGAUGGAGACCAUCAGGGACCCCGGGGUGACUCACAGCGAGCUGGACCAUCUGGACCCCAGCAGCCAUUACAUCUUCAAGGUCAUCGCUCGCACCGCCGCCGGAGAUGGUCCCCCCAUCAUGCUGAGGGCCGCCACCCUGCUGGAAGGAGUUCCUCCGUCCCACAUCAGCAUCGUCUCCGGCAACACAUCGCUCAACCUGAGCUGGGUCCCCGGAGAGCGGGACAGGAACCACGGCUUUGUCAUCCGCUACCUCAGGAAGAGUCCCGGCUGCGACUGGAUGGACUCGGAAGUGGUGAACUCCACGCAGGGUUUCUAUUCGCUGACUGGGCUCCAGCCCGGGUCCAACUACCACCUCAUGAUCAAACACGGGAACGACACUCAGUGGGAAAACAUGACGUGGACCAUCGGACCGGUGCCCUCGGUGAUGCCCGGCGGGUUCGCAGCUCGGGGCUGGUUGAUCGGACUCAUCAGCGCCAUCCUGCUGCUAGUGCUGAUCCUGCUCAUUAUCUGCCUCAUGAAGCGCAGUAAAGGUGGCAAAUACGCAGUGAAGGAUAAAGAAGAAAAGGAAGUGGAGUCUGAAGCUCGGCCCAUGAAGGACGAGACCUUUGGAGAGUACAGGUCUCUGGAGAGCGAUGCGGACGAGAAGCGCUCCGGCAGCGACGCCUCCCUGAACGAGAGCAAGCUGGGCAGCGACGACUCUCUGGCCGAGUACGGGGACAGCGUGGACAUCCAGUUCAACGAGGACGGCUCCUUCAUCGGCCAGUACAGCAACCGGGGGCCCGUACCCCACGGCAACGAGAGCUCAGGCCCCGCCUCCCCCGUCAACGCAGCCCCGCCUCCCCCCGCCGCCCCGUCCAUGACGAGCGUCCUCAACCGGCCCAUCUAGACGCACACACACACACACACUCAAUACAUUCCACAAGCUGUUUACAGAACGCCUUUUCUACUCCGAGUUUACACACACACACACAAACAAACACACACAUACAUCCGAUGAGACUCUUCUAUGAGACAAAAUAUGGAGGUGGAGGUUCAGGUUGCACCAGUUCUCCAAACAUCAGAGUCUUUCAUUAAAGCGAGUCGCACCACAGGAGGUACAAACCUGUCCAAUAGUUCACAGGAUCUGAGGAUCUGUCUCUAUCAAACGCUGAAGACGCUACGUCUGUCUUCUACCAGUAGAGACGCUACGUCUGUCUUCUGACAGAAGAGAUGCUACGUCUGUCUUCUGACUGCAGAGACGCUACGUCUCUCUUUACAGUUCGUCAGGAGACAAUAAAGUAGAACGUAGAUUCCUCCGGGCCUCAUCAGCUGAGACUCCCCCCACGUUUGAUGGGCCGCGUCCCAAUUCGCUGACGGCUGGUGGGGGACCCGGCCUCGUUGUCGGGGGUUAGACAGCCGGUGCAACCUUCCUCCCUUGGGGGGAAGGAGACAUAAAGAAGGGAGAUUUACAUCUCGUGUGACCAAAAACGUCAAACAGGUGUCCAUUGUCAUUCACACAUUUACUCUUUGUUUUUAAAUACAUAUAAACCACCACAUUUUUCACUCUUUUGUGCUUCGUCACCACUCUGUGUCUUUGUGUCUUUGUGUCUCUGUGUCUUUGUGUCUUUGUGUCUUUGUGUCUCUGUGUCUUUGUAUCUUCGUUUAUGCCUUUUCAGACACUUUUUGCUUCGGCCUGCAUGCAUGUAAUCUCAAAUCAUGAUCUGUGGCCUUAAGAGAGCCUCUCUCCUCCCUGCUUCCUUCUGUAUUCCUCUCCUCCCUUCUUUCCUCCCUCCUUCCUCCCUUCUCCCCCCUCUCCUCCCUCAUUUACUCCCUCCUUCCUUCUCUAUUCCUCUCCUCCCUCCUUCCUCCCUUCCCCCCUCUCCUCCUCCCUUCUCCCCCCUCUCCUCCCUCAUUUCCUCCUUCUUUCCUUCUCUUUUCCUCUCUUCCCUUCUUCCCCCCUCCUUCCUCCCUUCUCUCCCCUCUCCUCCCUCAUUUCCUCCCUGCUUCCUUCUCUAUUCCUCUCCUCCUUCCUUCCUCCUCUUUUCCUCUCCUCCCUUCUUUCCUCCCUCCUUCCUGCCUCCUCGUACUACGGUGGCCCGGAGAGCUCAUCCUCAGGUCAUUAACCUCCUGAUGGCUUAUUGUUGAGUGUGAUAUAAUAAAAACUGUUAAACUACUAAUCUACUACUAAGAGGGUUGAAGUUAGAUUGACGGCUAAUACGUGAACUAAUAUUUUAAUCCUGCGUAACACGACUCAAACACGUUCAUGCACCUUCAUCAACCACACACCAUUUUUUAUUGAAUAAUUACUUUUUUUAUUUAUUUUCUGAUUAAACAUUUGUCAACCGUAGAAUUGUGAUUACUGACGGAAAGACACACACACACACAUAUAUAUAUAUAUAUAUAUAUAUAUAUAUAUAUAUAUAUAUAUAUAUAUAUAUCCAAGCGGAGGGCCGGUCCUUUGUAGCAAAAUCUAUGUGGGACCUUCUGAGGAGAGAAGAGGAGUAGGAGGAGGAGGAGAGGAGGAAAGGAGGAGAGGAGGAGGAGCAGUGGACAGAAAAGAGAACUGGGUGUAUCGUUCUCUGAAUGUAAAUAGAACCUUAAGAAUGUCCUUUUUUAUUUCCAUUUUCUUCUUUUAUAAGAUGAUCAAAUUGUAAUAUUUUUGUUGCUCUGUUGGAGGUUUGCUCAUCUUUGUACCCCCGCCCCCCAUCCAUUGAGUUCCUUCAUAGCGCUUAGCAAGCAGCAGAUUAUGUCGAUAUGAAUGAGUCAUAAAUGAACACAGCGUGUCCUCAAGGAGAGACACGUGCUGACAAGUCAACGAUUAGGAAGGAGCAAGACCCCCCCCCCCCACAUCGUCUCCCAUUCUGUCUGCCUCUAUGUCUCACUGUGUGUCUCUCUGUCUGUCUCUAUGUCUCACUGUGUGUCUCUCUGUCUGUCUCUUUCUGUAUGUCUAUAAUUGCCUUUUAUACAAAUAAACACAUUGAGAAAAACAAAAAAAACAAAAAAAAGUUAAUAAGUAAUAAAAAGUCAGCUUUAUGUAUCAAUCAUAAUAAUACUGCUGUUGACGACAACAACUGCUUUUAUCCGUUACAAUGGUAACGCCGAGUUGGUCACACUAAAUCAGUCCCACUGUGUGCGUGUUUGUUCAACAGUCACACACACACACACACACACACAGUGGGUUGGGGGGCCAAGGGGGGGGGGCUACUGCAAUAUUGAGGUGUGCUGAUGUUGUACCUGCUUGUUGCAUUGUGCGCUGUGUAUCUGACAAACUAACCGCAGACUGUCGACUAAUGAAUAAACAACAACCUUCACUACGCAGA